AUGGAUUUCGAUCAUCUUGUUGAGAAGAAACAGAACCAGAAGGCUGCCGCUUGGCUAAACCUUUGGUUGAGCCGGACUCCAGAGAUUUUGUCUAUACAACUUGCAGAGAAGCAUCGGCCUGGAGUAGUUGUGUCUGCGUGCCUGUGGAAAAGCGGUGCUUUCAAUAUAUGCUAUUGCGUCAGAUAUAAAGACGGACCAAAUGUCAUUGUUCGUUUUGCCGCCCUGGGAAGGGCUAUUCUACGCAGGGAGAAAGUCGAAACUGAAGUCGCGACAAUGAAAUAUAUACGCCACACCACUUCGAUACCUGUGCCUGAGGUUUUCGGCUCCGGUAUCUGUUGGGCUGGCCCUUACAUCGUCAUGUCAUUCCUCAAAGGGGUUCCAUUAUCACAAAUCCUUAAAGAUCCUUCUGUGAAGGAAAGGCCUAUCCUAAACCCGCAAAUAAGUGAUCGGAGCUUGAAGCGGGCUUAUCGCGAGAUGGCCGCGAUUAUCCUCGAAUUGUCCAAGUAUAGAUUUGACUCCAUCGGCUCGCUUGGGCGAGAUGAGUCAGGUUUUUUUAUUGCUAGACGACCUCUCACUUUCAACAUGAAUGAGUUGAUGGCAUCUGCAAAUUUACCGGAAGAGGUGUUCCCCUCGCACAGUUUCAGGUCAGUCACAGACUACUUUGAAGCACUUGCUACACAGCAUCUGUUCCAUCUUCGGCUGCAGCAACGAAAUGCCGUCACCGACGAGGACGACUGCCGGAAGAAAUUCACCGCCCGUUGUAUAUUUCUUAAUAUUGCAAAGAAUCUCUGCGUCGAGUAUCCUGAAGGGCCGUUUCGGCUGUAUUGUGAUGAUUUCCGCCCUUCAAAUGUCCUUAUAGAUCUUGACACUCUCCGCGUCUCGGGAGUUAUCGACUGGGAGUUCACCUAUGCUGCGCCUGCCGAGUUUACCUAUGUGGCUCCCUGGUGGCUCUUGUUGCAAAGUCCAGAGGACUGGGAAGGUGAUCUCAACCAGUUCCUGACUCGUUAUUCCCCUAAACUUCGUGCUUUUUUGGAAGUCCUUAGCGACCAUGAAAAUAUGCUGAUCAAAGAACAUCUCCUCGAUGAGUUGCAACGCGUCUCUCCACGGAUGGAACGCUCCAUGGAGACUGGAUUAUUCUGGGUAUGUUUAGCUGCGAGAUACAGCUCCAUGCUUGAUAAAAUCUAUUGGACAUUCAUCGACCGUCACUACAAUGGGACCUUUACAUCUCUCGAUGACCGUGUAGCGCUUUUGGACGAGGAACAGCGGCAAGAGAUGAACGAGUUUGUGAGGCUCAAGACUAGUCAGUGCACUGAUGAUGAGAAUUUCGACGAUCACUAUCCAAUCGAUAAGCUAUUUGAAUUAUAA